AUGCGGAACCCCUUCGAUUUGGACUACGAUAGCGUUGAUGGAGACUCAGAACCCGCGGGUGAUUUCGAGCGGGAAGAACAUGUGUUCCAGCACCAGGAGCAGCAGCAACAGCGAAAGUUGAGUCUGGACUAUCGGCCAAAACAGCAGAACGAUGGAGAUCGUUCGCUCUUACAAGAUGAAGAGAAGGUCCCCGGUGAUCUGAAGAACCGGUUUAUUGGUACCAUUGAUCAGGGUACGACGAGUACUCGAUUCAUCAUCUUCGACUGUACGGGUGUGCCGGUGGCCAAAUACCAGACCGAAUUCCGUCAGCUUCAUGAACAUCCAGGAUGGCACGAACAAGACCCGUACGAAUUGGUUGAGUCGGUCUACAUCUGUAUCGAAGAGGCUAUGAAAGCAUUCCUGGCCGCUGGUCACGACGUAUCCGACAUCGAAGCCGUGGGUAUCACCAGUCAACGAGAGACCGCUUUGGUUUGGGACUGGGAGACUGGCGAACCCUUGCACAACGCUAUCACGUGGACCGACACCCGGACGGUCAAUCUGGUGCGUGAACUGAAGGCCAAGCCCGGCGCGGAUGACUUGGCCAGCAUUUGCGGUCUUCCUCUCUCUACAUACCCCUCCUCGGUCACACUACGAUGGAUGCUGGACAACCUCCCCGACGUCAGAUCGGCAUACGAUGACGGUCGGGCGGCAUUCGGCACGGUGGAUUCCUGGCUCAUUUACAACCUCAAUGGUGGCCCGCAGAACAAGCUUCUGGUGACGGAUGUGACCAAUGCUUCGCGGACCAUGUUCAUGAACCUUGAGACCCUCCAAUAUGAUGAUCGGUUGUUGAAAUUCUUCGACAUUGACAAGACCAAGAUCCGUCUCCCAGACAUUCUCCCCUCGGCGGACCCCGACGGCUUUGGUCGGAUUGUGGACGGUCCGCUGGAUGGCGUUCGCAUCACCAGUUGUCUAGGUGACCAGGCUUCGGCACUGGUCGGUCACUGUGCCUUCAGUCCUGGAAUGGCCAAGAAUACAUACGGCACUGGUUGCUUCCUUCUCUACAACGUGGGCGAUAAGCCUGUGAUUUCGAAACACGGCCUGCUGGGCACUGUCGGUUUCCAACUGGGUCGGGAUCGCAAACCUGUCUAUGCAUUGGAAGGCAGUGUGGCCGUGGCGGGUAGUGGUGUGUCUUUCCUUAUGAACAACCUCGGUUUCUUCCGUGACUCGCGCAAGGUCAGUGACCUGGCUGCCAGUGUACCGGAUAAUGGAGGUUGCAUUUUCGUUACUGCGUUCAGUGGUCUCUUUGCUCCUUAUUGGAUCGAUGAUGCUCAAGGAACCAUCUGGGGUAUCACCGCCCACACACAAAAAGGACACAUUGCCCGUGCAACGAUGGAAGCGGCCUGUUUCCAAACCAAGGCUAUCCUCGAUGCCAUGGCAAUGGACAGUGGCAAGACUCUGACGGAAUUGGCCGUCGAUGGCGGCAUGAGUAAUUCCGAUGUUUGCAUGCAGACUCAAGCCGAUAUCAUCCAAAUACCCGUCGAGCGCCCCUCAAUGCACGAAACUACUGCCCUUGGAGCUGCGAUCGCCGCAGGCUUCGCCAUCAACAUUUGGAAAGACUUCUCCGAACUCAAGGACAUGAACCGCGCCAAUCGCGCAUCCUUCGCCCCCAAAAUGUCCCCCAAAGCCAGCGGCCGCAUGUAUAAAAAGUGGUCCAAGGCCGUCGAAAUGUCCCGUGGCUGGAUGGACGACGACGAUCGCCAGAACCACGAUGAUGACGAUGACGAUGACGAUGUCGAAUAA